AUGCAUCCGGCAAUUAGGUCGCUCGCCGGCCGGACGAGGCUCGAAGCCCAAAGGGCGAGCCAAACCCUCAACAGCUGCACCAUCCGCCCCUUCUCCACGACGCACCUCGCCCAAGCCGACCAGGCCGACGACGGCGGCAGCAGCAGCAACAGCAACAACAGCAGCAGCAGCAGACCAGCCGGCAGCGCCCGAGAGCGGUCCGUCGCCGCGGCCAACAAGAUCAGCAGCCUCCUCAGACAGAAAUCCGGCGGCGGUGGCAGCGGCAGCGACGGCCGUGCGUCCAACAACUCUUCUUCUUCUUCGCCUUCUUCGCCUUCCUUCAAGAAUGCCGCGCCCAACGUGAUCGGGCUCAAGAGCGUCCCGCGUGGCCUGGGGACGGGUGCGCGCGGUGGGUUUGCCGGUCGUGGUCGUGGCGGCGGGCCCGGACGCACAUCUGCACGCUCCUCGGACGCAAGAGGGGGUCUAGACACAGGAGGACGCGGUCUGGACAACAACAUCGGCAACCGGGACAAGGGCGGACCGUCGUUCGCCCGGGCGCCUGCGGGAUUCGGUCGCGAUAGAAUGAGGUCGCCCGGCGGACGGGGCGGGUCCUCCUCCUCCUCCUUCUCCGGAGGCCGCGGACGCGGCGGAGGAAGAGGAGGAGGCAGGGGAGGCGGCGGUCGAGGUGGCGGGCGCCGCGACUUCGGCAAGAAGCAGAACAACGACGAGCUCAACGCCGACGCGACGACCAUGCAGGGUAUCGCGGAGGAGUAUACACGGUUCCUGUUCCCCGAGACCCCGCAGGAACGCCAGUACGUGUUGGACCGCGACCACGGCGCGCGGCUCACGUACAACCCCAGCCUGACGGCCGAGUCGCUGGUCGGGUACGGCCCGGCGGUGGCGGCGGCGAAUCCGCGCGCGCGGGAGGAGACGGUGCUGGAGAACCUGCGCGUGUUGGCGGGCGGGGCGCCGUUCUCGACGCAGCCGUCGUCGCUGGCAAGGCACUCGGUGGAGGAAAUCUUGUACUCGCGCAAGGGGAUGCGGUUUUUUGGUGAUAUUGCGGAGACGGAGCACGUUACUGCGUGGGCGGCUGGGGAGGAAGGGGCCAAGUUUGUGGAGGAGAAGCAGGCGGAGAAGAAGUACCGGAAGCGGACGGCGCCAGAUGUCACGGCGUUGAAGGGUGCGGAGGAGGUGGUGCGCGAGGCGAUCGUCAAGCGGGCUAUCGUGGGGGAGCAUGAGACGCCGGUGUUUGCACCGCCGGGGGAUGCAGUUGCCGUUGCGAGGAACUACCAUCUCCGGGAGGGGACGCAUGGGAUGAAGGACUUGGAGAGCUUUGAGGCCAAGUUGAAGACGUUGGUUGCGGCUCCGAAGGCGCGUGGUGGGAAGACUGCGAGGGCUUAGGGAAAGAGGUUUGACGAUGGUUCACCGAAUGCUGUUGUAUAAACGAGACACGGAGGGCAAGUGUCUUUUGUACCAUUGUAGAAUAUAGUCUGUCUGUAUGGGGAAAAACACAAAUU